CACAGCAGGAAACUCCGGAAGUUGUGGAGGAUGUUAGGGAAUGGCUGAGACGGAUCCAGAAUUUGUGCAUCCAUUUCUGACAAAGAAAAUAAUUUUACCCCCUUAGAUUUGGAAUAAUGAGUUCUGGUGAAAAUACAGUGGCUAUAGGGUCAUAAAGAUAUUUUUGCAGUGUUCCGGCCCUUUGGUUGUGCUGCAUUAUAAUAUAUAAAGUUGCAAGGUCACGGCUCGAUUACGUUAGGUAAUUAAAUCAACAUUAUCAAAACGCUGAGCUUUGGAACAAAUUCAAGUAAGGCGACCGGAAUGCAGGAGAACUUUCCAGGAAGGUAGCAAGUUUCCCUCCAGAACCUAAUAUCGGCUGGAACAACCGGUUUGCAAUGGUGCAGCCGUACUGAGGUUUCGGAAAGAAACGUUGCCCGAUGAAUGCACGCACGCAUUGAGCAGCCAGGACGGAGCCCGGAGCCCGGAGCCGGCCCGGGGAGCGAGGAGGAGCGGCGCCUGCGCGCUCCGGGGAUCACCGCUAACUUCCAGUGUGCGCUCGGUGUCCUUUGCAGUUGCCCGUCUGUUUCUCAACGUGAGCGGUGCUCCCCCACCUCCCAGAACGAUGCGCUGCAGCGGAGCGGCUGGACGAUCGCAGAGCGCACCCCUGCCGACCUGUGAGCUCGCCCUCUACCUCGCCGUCACCGUUGGAUUCCACUUGUACUCCUUCUACCAAGUGUUCAAAGUCUCCAGAAUUUAUGAGAAAGACCUUGACUCUGAAUUUGGAUUUGAAAAGGGAUUCUUCAUUUGGGGUUUUAAGAAGGACCCAACAGACUUUGAAUGGAGCUUUUGGACAGAGUGGGUAAAGAAGUUGUUGCUAUGGACUCUCCUUGGUCACGUUAUCAUAUCACAAGUGACUAAUGCCUUCUUUCCAAAGUUUAGGACAUGGCUGCUUAUGAUUUAUGGGAUGUUAGCCUGUUUCAUUACAGUUGGCUACAAAGGCUUGGCAGUAAUAUUGUUGCAUUUGCUCAUCUCCUUUGCUGUGGCCCAAUUGAGAGUGCCUGCGUUGUCUUGGCUCUGCUCAGUUUUACUGCUAUACAGCUUGCAGAUGGAUUCUCUUGGAAAAAUUCAGAAACACUGGUAUGAGACAGAAAAUGAAUACUUCCUGCUGUUAUUCUGCUUGGCUCUUUGCAAUCUGCGUUAUACAAGUUUCUGUGUGGAGUAUUGCUGGCACCGUGUCUGUCCUCAGAGGUGUUGUAUGUCCUUCUGUUGGCUGCUGGCUUAUGUUUUCUACUAUCCUAUAUUUCACAAUGGACCUAUCAUAUGCUAUGAUGACUUUAAUAAUCAGAUGCGGAGAACAGAGACAUCUGUUCCAAAAACAGAUCUAGUUUGUUUGUUACUGGGUGCAGUGCGCAUUUUCUUCUGGUGGUGGCUCACUGAGUCCAUGCUUCACUUCAUGUACAUUCACGCCAUUCAGCAUCAAGAAACAAUAUUGGAAUCUGCCUCUUAUUGGACAUUAGGUGGCCUUGGGUUUGCUCAUACACUAUUCUUCUAUCUGAAAUAUCUUCUACUUUAUGGCAUUCCAUCAAUUAUCAUGUGUCUGGAUGGUAUCAAACCACCAAGAUUGCCAAGAUGUACCAGCAGCUUGUACAGUUUUACAGGAACAUGGAGGGAAUUUGAUGUGGGACUGCACCGCUGGCUGGUUAGGUACAUAUACGUUCCUUUGGGAGGCUCUCGGCAUGGCUUACUAAGAAUGAUGUUCUCCUCUGCCAUGGCCUUCAGCUUUGUGUGCUACUGGCAUGGUGGCCAUAGCUUCAUGUUAAACUGGGCAGCCAUGAACUGGGUUGGAGUAAUGCUAGAAAAUGUACUGAAAAUGAUCUGUGCUGUUUCACCUACUCAAGAGAUCAUUGGAAGAUUUUUAUCAACCAGAAUGCAGCGUCGAGCUCAUGGAGCCUUGGGGAGUGUUGCUACAACUCUACUCAUAUUAUCCAACUUAGUAUUUCUUUGUGGGAAUGAAGUGGGGAAGAUCUAUUGGAACAGGACAUUUAUACAAGGUUGGCCAUGGACACCCAUCGCAGUUUUGGGAUAUUUUUACUGCUACACCCAAGUAGGAAUUGAAUAUGACAGAAUCAAAAAAUAAAUAUUUUGGUUAUGUUAUUUGUAUUAUGAAAUGAAAAUAGUAGUCCUAACUGUAUCUUGUUUUUGCUUAAAUUUUAAGAUACAAUACACAUUUUAAUUAUUAAUAACACUUUGGAUAUAUUCCCAUCUCUGCUAUGCUGUUUGAAUAAAGUUUUAUACAUUUUCUGUACUGAAUAAGACAUUUUGUACUUGUAGCCUAAUGCUUUAGUGCUCUUUGAAAUAACUUUUUAAAAAGAUAUUGAAAUGAUCUUUUAAAAUCUUUUAUUUGAUGUUUUCAAUCAUUUAGGCAAAUUAAUGCAUCAACAUGAAACUCCAUCGCAUAAUAUUUUAACAAUAUCAAUACAUUAGCGAACAAGAGGAAUUUCAUACAAACCGUUCCAUACACUUUAUAAAUGUGUGCAUGAUUCUAAACCAAUGUACUUUAUUUGUGGAGGAUUAGGCUUGUGUACACACUGAGCUACUUUGUGAAAUUUAAUUAGGAUUAGACGUGCUUCAUAUAGGGUGGAGAUUAAUGCAGGCUAGUGCAUCAAUUAAAUAAGAGAUACAGUAUCUGAUUACUCAAUCUCAAAGAAGAUUUAAGGAGUGAAAUUAAAUUAAAAGAAAUAUUUAUUGGAAUUAACCUGAAACGUGUGAUGCAGUAUUAAAAAUGUUACACCAAAAAGUGGG